AUACGGUUCCGAUGCUUCGCUGUCCAAACAAAAAAUAAAGAAAAAUUAAAAAUAAUAACAGUCAUCGAAAUUCACAGCCUGUGACUCACUGUCUCAUACUAAUUUUGUAUGCUUUCCUGUCUGUCUUCCUGUAAUUCUUACCGCCUUGGCUCGCGUCCUAUGUAUUUCUCCGCUGAGUCCUCUUCUCUCUAUAUAUAAACCCUAUUCCUCUCUCUGUCUCUCACUAAAACGGUAAAACCUUUAGGAGAGGGAGAGAGAGAGCGCGUAUUGGAAGAUGGGUGGGUGUGCGACAAAGCUCAAGGGCGUGAAGGCCGACGCCGGCGAUCUUCCCGCUCCGGAACCUGCGCCUCCGGCGAAGGAGGAGGCCGGGGUGGUCUCCGAGACGAAGAAGGAGGUUGUCGAAGUUGUUGAAGAAGAGAAGAAGGUGGUGGUCCAGGAAGGUGAAGUGAAAGAAAGGGAAGGUGAUAAGGACAGGGAGAUUCAUGACGAUGACAAGGUUGACGACCAAGGCUCCAAGCGCCGAUCUCUCAGUCUCUUGUUCAAGGAGAAUGAAGAGGGGGAUGAUUCAAAUAAAGAAGAAGAUAAGGCACCAUCUGAGGUAACAAAACAAGAACAAGAGUCACUUAUUGAAAAGGCCACUGAGGAAUAUGAAAAGAAACUGCCAGAAGUUGAAAAAUCUGAAACUGCUGUUGAGGAAGCCCUGGUCUCAUCUACUGAACAGACAUUCCCAGAAGUAGAAAAAUCCAAAAUCCCAGUGGAAGAACCCCCAGUCUCAUCUACCGAACAGAAACUCCCAGAAGUUGAGAAGUCAGGGACCCCAGUGGAAGAAGCCCCUGUCUCAUCCAGUGAAAAAAAGAAAGACAUUGAAGUAGUAGCAGCAGCAGCAGCAGCAGAGGUGGAACAACCCAAAACAACCGAGGAGAAGAAAACAGAAGAAGAAAAAUGAAGCUCAGUUAGGAAUGCCAAAGUGUGAUAGAUGAAGGCUUCUAAGGUUGAUUACUCAGUCAAGAAGAAGCACAUUUGCCCCCUUUUCCUAUAUUUUUUUAUUUUUUAUUGUUUAACAAAGAAGACUUGAGGUGGGAGUUGUUUCUCUUGCUUGUCAAAUAUCAUUUCUCUGUCAGAUUUGAGUUUGUUCUAUAUUUAUUGGGUUCAUGUAAACAUAUAAGACUCUUCGACAUAUUGUGCCGAUAGAUUAUUUUUGUGUAUUUUGAUAUUCACCACAAGACCAUUAACGAAUGAAUGAAUCAGUUAAUCAAA